GAAUUGGGUGACCACAACAGGAUUCCGUGGACCUACAGCUUUCAUCGUGUGUUCAUGUUAACCGAUGGAACCUGUCAAAACAAGGGAAGAUAGAGGUGCUGAGAGUAUAAUCCAUGUGAAAACGGAAUGUAAGGAAAACUGUACAAUGAAUUCAAUACCAAAGUCUGAGAAGAGAGAACUACAUAAAGCUGCGCGUGCUGCACCUCGAAAGCCAUUCAUUCAACCAUUUAGGAACGAACCGUUAAGGAAUAUGGGAGUAUUGUCUAGUUUACAACCUACAGGAGCGCCAGGUUCUUAUGCUCCUAUAGAUAGACUCAACCAAAAAAAGCGAAGUCCUUCUUAUGAAAAGGGAGUCAAGACAGAGUUGAAGGGACAGGGAGAACACUCAGGUUCUCCUGACAACCAGAAGAAUAGUCCUGAAGUUUUUGCAACCAAAGUUGUUCAAGAGAGCUCAUCCUCUUCUAGCUGUACAAAGGUAGCAAAAGAUUCGAGUCCAUACGGAAACCGUACGAAGAGUUACAACAUUCAAGAUUUAUCGAAGAAGAAAGAAAAGGAGACAAGAUAUGAAACAAAUAACCAAUCUAACAGUCCAAAUGGAACAUAUAGUUUAAACCAAAGCCCUGAAAAAGCAACUACGAUAUCAGACUCAAGAGUAACGUCAAACAAUAGCUCUUCGUGCUCUAAUAGGACAUCUCCACAAACCUCUAGUGGAGAAUGUCGCGAACAGAACGCCACACAAAGAAACAACGAUGUGCCGUACGUAACUCAAAUUUUCCAAAAGGCUUUAAUAGUGGCACAUGAAGCCGCAACUAACGACGAAAGCGGUGACUAUGAACAAGCGUACAACCUUUACAUUCAGGUUAUUGAGUUAUUCAUGCAGGCUAUUCCUUUUCUGGACUCUUCAGAAGCAAAUCUUUGUAUGAAACAGGUCAAUGAUUUUUUAUCGAGAUGUGAAGCUCUUCGAGAAUCUCUUUACGAGGCCAGCAUUUGUGGCGAUUUCACCUCACUUUCCAUAUUAAAUGAACACGAUUCUAGCGCCAUUCUAUGGUGGAAUGGACCCGAUGGAGUUGCUGGCCAACGAGACCACCUCAAUCCACAAUGGCAUUAUUCGAAUUACACUAAACAAGGGUCACAUUCGAAUUCUCCUGCGUCUGGUGAAGCUGGCAACAAUUCUUUCAACAAGACUCGUUUACUCACCCCCAAUGAAUUGGACCAGAUGAAACAAGAGAUUGAAAUGUGGAAAGCAAGAUACGCAGAGAUGACAUUAGCUGUUGAUAGUUCCGGAAAUCCUGAAAAGUCCAGGGCUCUCAUUCUCUCCAAACGAAUUGAGAAUCUACAUGCUGGCACGUUUGGAGAAUUCAAAAAACUUGAACCUCUAGAUCCUAAGGCAUUAGACAUGUGGAACAGGGAGUUGCAUGUAUUAUACGAUACGUUGGAAAACAUUGUCGUCCAACAACCUGCACAGAAGGUCCUUGAGGACGGGACUACAAUUCAAAUCAUGGUGAAGGCGAAACGACCCGAUAUUGCUAACUAUCUACCUCGACUUCAAGAGCUGGAUAAACUUUUACAAGACUUUUUCUCUUCUCUAGAAUGUCUUAGAGGAAUUAUAACAUAUGAAAGUUGUUCAAAACCUUCUCAAAAAACAGAACAAUGGUGGGUCUGCGAACCUCUACUUCCCAGCUCGGGUCUCUCUCCUGAAAUUGUAUGGUUUCUGACCGAUUUAGAAGGAAAAAGUAGAAAUAUUUGGCUAGAAUGUCGUCAAAUUAACGAAGCAAUUAUAGCAAAGAUGAAUAUGCCGACUCUUUUGUUUCUAGCUUGCCAAAGAAAGCCAAGGAAGUACUAGGUGAAGAACUCGAAGUGAAUA